GUCGGUUGAUGAUGAUCGAAUUGGUUUCAUGCUUUUCGAUUGAAUCCAACAGCGCUCGAUCUCUGUUUACAUUGAUAUAAAAAAUAAGGACCAAAGCUUUGUUUGAUUUUCUGUAUUCAGACAAGGAUGGAAAUGGAACUUGGCAAGCUGUUCAUUGGUGGGAUUUCUUGGGACACAAAUGAGGAACGUCUUAGAGAAUAUUUUCAGACUUUUGGAGAAGUUGUGGAAGCUGUGAUAAUGAAGGAUCGGGCUACCGGUCGUGCCCGGGGGUUCGGGUUUGUUGUGUUCGCCGACCCGGCCAUUGCGGAAAGAGUUGUUAUGGAAAAGCACAUGAUAGAUGGUAGAGCUGUUGAGGCAAAGAAGGCAGUUCCUAGGGAUGACCGUAACGUUCUAAACAAAAGCAAUGCUAGCAUUCAUGGAUCACCUGGUCCUGCUCGAACAAAAAAGAUAUUUGUAGGAGGGUUAGCAUCCACCGUCACCGAGAGUGACUUUAAGAGGUACUUUGAGCAGUUUGGUACGGUUACAGAUGUGGUUGUGAUGUACGAUCACAAUACUCAGAGGCCACGAGGUUUUGGAUUCAUUACAUAUGAUUCAGAGGAAGCCGUGGAUAAGGUCUUGCAACGAACAUUUCAUGAACUCAAUGGAAAAAUGGUUGAGGUCAAACGGGCUGUCCCCAAAGAAUCAUCUCCGGGGCCAAGUCAGAACCAGUUAGGCGGAUAUAACUUUGGUCUGAGUAGAGUCAAUAGCUUCCUUAAUGGUUACAUGCAGAAUUAUAAUGCUAAUUCAGUUGGAGGUUAUGGUAUUAGGACGGAAGGUAGAUUUAGUCCAGUUACUGUUGACCGGGGUGGAUUUCCUCCAUUGGGCCCUGGUUAUGGUAUGGGACUGAGUUUCGAGCCAAAUUUGAGUCCAAGCUAUGGAGGAAGCUCAAACCUUAGUUCUAACCUCAGUUACGGCCGGGGAUUGAACACUUCAUUUAAUGGAAAGCCGGACAGGUUUGCUAGCCUCGUUGGGUAUGGUGGUGGUGGUGGAGGAAACAGUUCUAUCUCUAACUUAGCAAGUCGAAAUAUGUGGGGAAACGGCAGUCCUAGCCAUGCUGCUAACUUCCUGAACUCGAAUUCUAUCAUGGGUUCUGGAAGUGGGAAAUCAGGGGUGAAUUCUUUCGGCAGCGUUGGACCACUUUGGGAUUCAUCUCCUACUACUGGUCAAGGAGGAGCUGCUUUUGCAUACAACAGCGGAAACCUCAGAUACGGAAAUGGAGACUUUGGGGUUAGAUCAGGAGGGAUAGACUAUGAGAGAAACAACAGGUUCGGUGCUGCACAGGUACCAUCCCGUGGUGCUUCGAAAGGCGGUUAUAACAGGGCUUAUGCUGAUAUCGAUGACAAUGAUUCACUUUAUGGGGAUUCCACUUGGCUGCCUUCGCCCUUAGAACUAGAGCGGUCUAGUUCCUUUUGGGCUGGGAAACACAACUGCAGAUGUUAGGACUAAUACCUCUGCUGGUUACAUCGGACGCUACGGUGUUACCAAUAUGCAGUCAGAUAGAGGUAAGCCGAUUUCUUUUCUAUUCUACUGUUUUGCUAUUAUCCUUUCCUUUUUCCUCGGAUAAUCUUGCCUACGUACCUACGGCUCUGCAUAUUUAAGAUAUAGAACACUCAUCAACGGAUGCUGGGAAUGUACACUAGUUUUAAUUUGGUACUCCAUUUUUCACGCAUGGUGCUAGACCAGUAAUGAGAACAAACACAUAUAUCAGUGAUAAGUCGAUCAAUUCGAGUGCUUUCUUUGUGGUACUCGUCUCCUCUUGAUCAUCAGCUUUCUCCAGGAAUUGCCGCGUAGGAGGACGAUGCUACGAUGUGAAAAAUGACAAUCGUAGGAAAUUUGUACCGCGGGGCGGUUUAACGACCGGAUUUCUUCAUAUUCGUAGGGCUAACUUGGUUUGCCGUGUUCGAUGAAAACUUGAUAUAGAGAUCAGUUACCGAGAAUUCAUGUAAGGUUUGAGCAUUAAGGGUUUUCUUUUUCUUCUUCUUCAUUUCCCCCCUUAAAGUUUCAAUACAGG